GAGGAAAGUAGAGUGGAGUGCUGUCUUUGGAGUGUCUUUUCACUAAGGGACCUUGUUGGGUCUGUUUUUUCGCGAAAAUGGAGCGCUAGUAUUCAGUGAGUGGCACAAGUCCUGGCACUGCUUUGGCGAUGUCUCAGUGUGAACGCACGCCACGAAUCAUAGAAAAAACCCAAUCAACAUUUCCUGAAGACCCGGUCGUCCGCACUUUGCGUUUGGAGAGGAGUGAUCACAUAGACAUGGCCUUCGCUCGUGAAGCAACGCCGGUGCAAGAACAGCCCGACACCCUCGCGAAGCCGCUUUAGCGGCUCGGACAGGCGCGCUAUGGCGCCCGUGUUCAUCCGGAAGUUGCAGGACGCACCCAAAUCCAAUUUUGGGCAACAGCACUACGGCACGAGCACCCCGCAGUCUUUGCUCUUCUGCCGCGGUUGCGCGGUGAAAGCCGCGGACCGUAGCGCACAGCUGGACGGGGAAGAAAGCGCAUCGCCGCGGCCGGUACCCAGCGGACUCGCACAAACUUCGCUGCAUGCUUCGCAACACGGUAACAGCGCGUCUUAUCCCUACCUGCCCCUGGGGCAGCACCAUCACUACAGCAGCGGAAGGCAAAUUCCCCCCGGCCGGUGGGUCUCCACAAACUGCGCGCAGAACGAAACGCAACUCGCCCGCAUGGAGCACAUCAUCGACACGGGUUUCACCGGGCAGCUGGGACCCGGGUACCUCAUGUCCAAUUUGCUGAAUUACACCUGCGGACCGGAAGAGGAGCGCAUGCUCAUGACCGGCAAGCACGUCGUCUGUGAUGUCUCCUGCGUGCGCUGCCAGACCGUGCUUGGGUGGAAGUAUCUGCAGGCCUACCAAUUCGACCAGAAGUACAAAGAGGGGAAAUUCGUCGUGGAGGCCUGUCGGGUAACGCAGCUGCACUUCUCCAGUUCCUACGGGGUCGAGGAGCAGUUGUACAGCGAUGACACGCCCGGCUACCACCCGCCGUGGGAGAUCUGACGCCAGAUCGGAGCGGUGGCAGCAGCCGCAGCGGCUAUGCGUGUAGCAAAAAGACCUACGGACGAGAGCGAGUUAGUGUCUCAGUAGUCAGUCAUUGUUUUGUGUUUUUGAACAACGUCAACCACUGUUUUGUAAAUGCAUCUACUUUUAGUCUGACAGCGUAAAUGAGAUAAUCAAGUUGGGGCUCCUACACGACUACUUACAACGCAGCCACUUGUGUACAAUCGACCCUACAGCUGUACGAUACUUUCGGAAAGAACGCACGGAGUUUUGAUGUAAU